GGCAUCCGUCUUUUUCUAUUUGCUAGCUUGUAAUGCUUUGUGUAAGGUGUGUCGGAGUUACCGCGAAGCUCGGCGUCGUCUCUACAUCAAAUGGGGUGUCCAUUUUACACCCUACCCGCUACUUUUUAUCAGUUCGAGGUAAAAUGAAAUACUAGGUUAUAAUUUUGAUCGUUGCGAGCCUAAUUAUUUUGAGCUAUGACAACUUCCAGGAUUCAAGAAGUUCGCCUUUAUUAAUACCCCUGGCUGUUAUUUUCUAUCAUUGCUGCGCCUUAGCCACCGGCAUCAGUAAAACCGUCUUCAGUUUUUCAGAUAUUUAAUUGAUGAGCAGUGGAGGCGGGAAAAGGGAGAGGGACAAGGAUGUGCCGCAGCCGGCGGUCAGUGUGAAGGACGAGCGGAAACUGAAGCCCAUUUUUGAUCUGGUGGACGAGGGAAACUACAAGCAAGCCAUAUGCCAACUAGAUAAGUUCCUGAAAAAGAACACCAACGCUAAACCGACUAAUGCACAGCAGAAUAAUAAAGGGGCAGGUGGAAAUAGUGGAAGUUGUGUGGCUGCAGCGCACCAGGCGAAGGCUCUGAAGUGUCUGUGUCUGUGGCGUAUGCCUGGAAGACAGCAAGAAGCCACUGAAUACGCCGACGCAUUGAUCAAAGAAGGUCCUGAAGAUGAUGGAUCUCUAAGCGUGUUCUCAUUAUGUCUGCGAGAUAUGCACAAGUACGCAGAUAUCGAAGACCUCUACGCCAAGGCAGUUGAGAAGAACCCGAAGAACGAGGACCUGCUAACAUGUCUUGUGAUGGCCCACGUGCGAACGGACAACUUCAAGAUGCAACAACUAAGAGCAUUACAGUUGAAUAAACUAUCGACUGCAUCCGCUACGUAUCAUUUACCGAUAACUGCUAAACCAUUCUACUUCUGGGCAGUCAUGGCAGUUUUUCAACAAGGACAGAAAGACAAAGAAAAUGGAGUCAAAGUUCAACUACCGCUGGCUAGAAAAAUGAUGGAGAAGAGUUUAAGUGACUCCUCGAAAAUUGGUGCUACAAAACUGGAACAAGUCGACCUUCUUCUAAUGAUUCUGGAAGAAUUGAAAGACUAUGCAAGUGCCUUGAAUGUUUUCACUACACACGUUUCUGUGUAUGACAAGGAACUUCCAGUGUUGAGGCUGAGACGACAGGUUGAAUAUAUGGAUGAACUAGGAUCGUAUGAUGAGCUCAUUCCGAUUUGCCGAGACGCUAUUUCUUCCAUGCAAUCCUCAGCCGAUUGGAUCUUUUUCGACAAGUUAAUGAAGGCUUAUGUUGAAACAAAAAAACAGACGAAGGAAGAAGGAUCGGAUCCUGAGGAGGUCGAAUUGUUCCACUUAGGAUCCUUGGUUGAAUUUUUGAUAGCUGAGAGAGAAAAGAAUGUGAAGUGUAUUGGUCACCAUUUUGCACUACUUCAUCUGAGAAAAAAGAUGGACGAAGAGGAGCUUAGUUACUCGGGUGAGCCUCAACUUCCGAGUAUGUCCAGUUUGGUUGUUUCUUUCUACCAGUCUUUCGGUCACAAAUCGCCUUUCUUCAACUACGUGCGACAGUGUCUCUCAGCUGACGUAUGUGAUUGCCUAGUUGGAGAAGUGGCAUCGAAAAUGAGAGAACUAGAAAGUGGGAAAGGAGACGAGGUUCCACUCAGUUUGGGGGAUAUGUAUAGUUUGAUGUCGGUGUGUGAAGUGGAGAGAAAGCUGGCGAGGGAGAGGGGUAGUUUGACUGAAGAACAGUGUGUUUCAAGGAGUGAGACACUGACAAAACUCUAUAGGAAGUACCUUCCACUAGGCCAAGAACUUCAGUCAACAGAGCCGCAAUACAGCUCCAAGUUUAUGAUUCUGGCAUCACACUACUUGAUAGACGCCUACAUGUUGAGCGAGUCACGGGAGCAAAAGUACUUAUGGACAGCUGUAGAUCGACUGAAAGAGGCACUCUUGGACUCUCCUGUUGAUUCUCAACUACUGAUGGUGAUGUUGAGAAUCUACCAGCAGAUGGGUCUCAUGCAAGUGAGUGCUGAGCUGAUGGACCGCAUGCAAAUCAAACAGUUCCUGCUGCAAACCACAUGCUGGGUUGUGAGUAACCGACUCGCUGGCUGCGGCGCCCAUGAAGAAGCAAGACUGAUGCACCCUGCAUUGAUUAGGUAUAUCCAGAGUAGUGUGCGCCAGGUGCCGGAGUAUCUGAUCCAGGGGUAUAGGAAUGGAGUAUACAGGAAAGUGGUGGACAUGCUGCAGUGGAAACAGAGUCUCCUGAAGUCGUUCGCCUUCAUCAAGUGUAUCGUGGAAGAUAUGAUGCUGGAUAUAAUAGAAAUAGACUCAGCUAAGACCCUAGAAAGUAGGCGAGAAGAAUCAAGCGAAUUCCUCGGAGACUACACACAAGUACUAAGCGAGUGGGAUGCCUGGGAAGACGAUAGAGACUUCGACCUUAACUACAGCUGGGAACCGGCCGAGAUCGACUGGGCAAGUGAGCAAAUCAAGAAACUAUCUUACGAUCUGGAACUAGCUUGGUUGAAAGUUCGAUAUACAUUGGUGUCCACAAUAUCACUGCUUAUGUGCUCAUACAAUAACAAGCAGAAAUCGACUCCUAAAUGUAGUUCUCUCUCAAUUUCAAAGCUAACCUCAGAUUUUAAACUUGCAGCUUCAGAUAGUAUUGCGAUUUGGGGUAAACUGAGAGAUCACGAAUUUUACAAGAAGAUGCAAGGUCACCCUUUUAGUCCUUUCACGUGCCCACUGCAUCUGUUUGUCAAAUUGGACUUGAAAAAUUUCUACGGCGAGCUUUUGGAUUCUGUAGAUGACAUUAAUAAUACUAAUAUGACCAACGGAGAUGCCGAUAGCAGAUCACAAACUCCGAAGUUUGCAGUAAUAUCAAAAUCGAUCAUAAGCUCCGUCGAAAGAAUGGCCACGGACUCUUUUAUACUUGCAAAUCAUCAGAUAAAUGUGGAUAAUUUGAUGGAACUUAAAAUGGUUGCGGAAGCGCUGGCUGUUUUCUGUUUGACCAUCAGUAUCCAGUCAGAAAAGCAGAGAAGGCGCGCGAAAGAUAAUGGUGUGGACGAGAGUAUUUCUACCAGUCCCAAACUUUUAUUGGAGAAAAUUAUCAUUUGUACGGAGAAAGUGAAAAAUAGAAUAAACGAGACUGAAUGGCCGGCUGAGGUUGACGCAGAACUGUUGAAAAAUAACUUAAAUUCAAGCCUUUCCCAAAUUAAUAAAUUAUGUACAGUUAAAAUUGAAUACUUGAAAAAGAUGAAUUUUUGAAUGUAUUUCGUAUGUUUGCUUUGCCCUCCUUCGCUUGAUUGAAAUUUACUUUUUGCCUGUGA